AUGGACGUCCAGAAGCCCGACUUCUGGCUCCAAUUCCACGGGCAGGCCCCGGGCCUGUUGAACUGGGCCAUGGACGAAGAACUAAAACUGCUGGUCACCUCAGACCAUCUGCCUCCUGACGCCGACCCCAGACUGUGGUUGUGGGUGAACCCCAACAUCGUCUGCCCCAUCACUGGGAGCCAGAGGCCGAGGAGACCACCAGGCCGCACCCUCCGGCCUCCCUCAGGACCACCACCCUCUGGCUCCCUGGACUGUGAAGAGGAGGAGGAGGAGGAGGAGGAGGAGGAGCCGUUGACCUCUCCCAGCGAGUGGGAGAUGUCCAGUGCGGACGAGGAGAACGGGGAAGAAGAGGACACCCCUUCCUCACCGUCCCCACCGCCCCACCGGUCCCAAGCUCGGCUCCUGCAGCCGGUGCGGGUGGGGGGCGUCUGGCCCCGGCCCCCCCUUAAUUACUGCCACCUCAUCACCCUGGCACUUAGAAACAGCCCUCCCUGCGGGCUCAACGUCCGACAGAUCUACGACUUCACCAGGCGGCAUUUCCCUUUCUUCCAGACGGCCCCCGAAGGGUGGAAGAAUACCAUCCGCCACAACCUGUGCUUCCGCAGCAGCUUUGAGAAGACCCCAGGAGGGGCCGGGGGGCCCGGCGGCCGCCCUCGCCCCCGCUCCUGCCUCUGGAGACUGACGGCCGAAGGCCACCGCAGGUUCGAGGAGGCGGCCCGCGCCCUGACCGCCACCCGGCUCCACUCCAUCCAGCAGAGCAUGAGCGAGCCGGGGGUGAUGCCCACACUCUUUGAGCUCUGAUUCAGCCAGGGUUGUUGCCAGAGGGGCCUGUUUCUCCUCCGUACUGCCCUAUCCUGCCACCCCCAACCUUC